AAAUCGAAAGCGAAUGUCAAACCUCACACUAGCUAAAUCGCGCUGCAGACCUUCAGUGACUGCCUCGAAGCAGUCCCAGCAUGGGGAUGUCAACGUUUAAGAAUAUCUUUCUCUCUGCGUUUGUUUAUAGAACUGCAAAGAAUGACAUUCCGAAAAGUACCAAAAUUGGCAUAUUAUACAGAGUUAUUCAGCUGUGUAUCAUCGGAUACCUAAUCGGGUGGGUUUUUGUCAUGGAGAAGGGCUAUCAAGUACAAGAGGAGUCCAUACAGAGCUCUGUAAUCACCAAAGUGAAGGGAGUUGUACUAAUCAAUUCUAGCGACACAGGACUCAGUUUGUGGGGACCGGAGGACUAUGUAAUUCCACCUCAUGGUGAAGCUAAUUUCUUCAUCACAACCACUGUCACAAAAAUACCCAAUCAGACAUUAGACAAAUGUGCAGAAAGCGAUACGGUUCCAGAUGGCCGCUGUAGUGACAAUAAUGGCUGCCCACGUGGAGAGCCAGUUAGCGCUGGUCAUGGAAUGAAGACUGGUCGGUGCUUGAAAAAGGACAGAAAUGACACUGGGACAUGUGAAAUACAUGGCUGGUGUCCAGUUGAAGAGAGUCAGAAAUCCAAGUGA